AGCGCGCUGGGGCUGGAUUGCGCUGAGCGCACGGGCUCAGAGACUCGCCCUCUGCGGGACGGGGCGGAAGGUGGUGCUGCGGCCGGCACAGCCGGUGCGGGUGCGGGAGGUGGGCGGGGGUGGAGUGCGGCGGAGGUACAGAUCCUACCAGGGCACGGAGCGGGCCGGGCGUGCUGAGGCUCGGCUGUGUGCGCCCCGGGGCGGCCGAUGCCCCCAGCGCUCCGCACUCCGCUGCCGCAACCGGGCCGCAUCCUGACCGGGCGCCGCGCCGCGCAGCCGCAGCCGGAGCUGUCACCUCUCAGGCCCCUCUAGCCUCUAACCCAUUUGCUGGCUCGCCCUCUAUGGACCAAUAGAGGCACAACGCUUGAGUCCGUGGGCAGAGACUGUGCAGGGUUCCCUUCCCAGGAAACUGCCCUUUUGGGUGUUGUCAUCUCCAGAACCUCCUGGAGUCCCUGGGAGAGGAGUCAAGCCAGAGGCACUCACUUAUCAGUACCCACCUCCCAGCCAUCUUGGGUAGGAUACUUGAAUAUAGGUCACAAUGCUGCUUGGGGCAUCUCUGGUGGGGGCACUACUGUUCUCCAAGCUGGUGCUGAAACUGCCCUGGACCCAAGUGGGAUUCUCCCUAUUGCUCCUAUACUUGGGGUCUGGCGGCUGGCGCUUCGUCCGGAUCUUCAUCAAGACCGUCAGGCGAGAUGUCUUUGGCGGCAUAGUGCUCCUGAAGGUGAAGGCAAAGGUUCGACGGUACCUUCAGGAGAGGAAGACAGUGCCCCUGUUGUUUGCCUCAGUGGUGCGGCGCCACCCCGACAAGACAGCCCUGAUUUUCGAGGGCACAGACACCCACUGGACCUUCCGCCAGCUGGAUGACUACUCCAGUCGUGUGGCCAACUUCUUGCAGGCCCGGGGCCUGGUCUCAGGCAAUGUAGUUGCCCUCUUUAUGGAGAACCGUAAUGAGUUUGUGGGUCUAUGGCUGGGCAUGGCCAAGCUGGGCGUGGAGGCGGCUCUCAUCAACACCAACCUUAGACGUGAUGCCCUGCGCCACUGUCUUGACACCUCAAAGGCACUAGCCCUUAUUUUUGGCAGCGAGAUGGCCUCAGCCGUCUCUGAGAUCCAUGAGAGCCUGAAGCCCUCACUCAGCCUCUUCUGCUCUGGUUCCUGGGAGCCCAGCACAGUGCCUGCCAACACAGAGCAUCUGGACCCUCUGCUAGAAAAUGCCCCGAAGCACCUGCCCAGUCAUCCUGACAAGGGCUUUACAGAUAAGCUCUUCUAUGUCUACACGUCGGGCACCACAGGGCUACCCAAGGCUGCCAUUGUGGUGAACAGCAGGUAAUACCGUAUGGCUGCCCUGGUGUACUACGGAUUCCGCAUGCGGCCUGACGACAUUGUCUAUGACUGCCUCCCUCUCUACCAUUCAGCAGGAAACAUCGUGGGGAUAGGCCAGUGUCUACUCCAUGGCAUGACCGUGGUGAUCCGGAAGAAGUUCUCAGCCUCCCGGUUCUGGGAUGAUUGUAUCAAGUACAACUGCACAAUUGUACAGUACAUUGGCGAGCUUUGCCGCUACCUCCUGAACCAGCCGCCCCGGGAGGCUGAGUCUCGGCACAAGGUGCGCAUGGCACUGGGCAACGGCCUUCGGCAGUCCAUCUGGACCGACUUCUCCAGCCGGUUCCACAUCCCCCAAGUGGCCGAGUUCUAUGGGGCCACUGAGUGCAACUGUAGCCUGGGCAACUUUGACAGCCAGGUGGGGGCCUGUGGCUUCAACAGCCGCAUCCUGUCCUUCGUGUACCCCAUCCGGUUGGUUCGAGUCAAUGAGGAUACCAUGGAACUGAUCCGGGGACCUGACGGCGUCUGCAUUCCCUGUCAACCAGGCCAGCCAGGCCAGCUGGUGGGUCGCAUCAUCCAGCAGGACCCCCUGCGCCGUUUUGAUGGUUACCUCAACCAGGGUGCCAACAACAAGAAGAUCGCUAAGGAUGUCUUCAAGAAGGGGGACCAAGCCUACCUCACUGGUGAUGUGCUGGUGAUGGAUGAGCUGGGCUACAUUUACUUCCGAGACCGCACAGGGGACACAUUCCGCUGGAAAGGGGAGAAUGUGUCUACCACCGAAGUAGAAGGCACACUCAGCCGCCUGCUGGAGAUGGCCGAUGUGGCCGUGUAUGGUGUCGAGGUACCAGGAACUGAGGGCAGAGCAGGAAUGGCUGCUGUGGCAAGCCCUGCGAGCAGCUGUGACCUGAAGCGCUUUGCACAGACAUUGGAAAAGGAGCUGCCUCUGUAUGCCCGCCCCAUCUUCAUGCGCUUCCUGCCUGAGCUGCAUAAAACAGGGACCUUCAAGUUCCAGAAGACAGAGCUGCGGAAGGAAGGCUUUAACCCAGCUGUUGUGAGAGACCCACUGUUCUAUCUGGAUGCCCGGAAGGGCUGCUAUGUUGCACUGGACCAAGAAGCCUAUACCCGCAUCCAGGCAGGCGAGGAGAAGCUAUGAUUUCCCCCUACUUCCCUCUGAGGGCCAGAGGAUGCUGGAUUCAGAGCCCCAGCUUCUGCCCCAGAGGGUCCUGGGCAAUGCCAGACCAAAGCUAGCAGGGCCCGCACCUCCGCCCCUAGGUGCUGAUCCCCUCCCUCCCAAACUGCCAAGUGACUCACUGCCGCCUCCUCGACCCUGCCAAGGCUUUCUGUGAAAGUCUCGUGUCCAAGCUAUCUUCUGGGCCAGGCGAGGCCUCUGGGUCCAGGCUUGCUGACAGACCCCUUUAGGAUAAUGUCUUUAGUCAAACAGGGCAGGGAGCAGGAGAGGGGUUGCCAAGCUCCCUCCAAAAGGAAGGGUACUUACAAGUGAGGCCAAGGCAAAAGCCUCCAGACUCAGGAAGCCGAGUAGCCAGAGACUAUAGUGGCCGGCCAUGGACGUCCACCGAGGAUCCUGGGCCACAGCUGCCAAAGCAUCACCAACCCUGCUUGCAUCUCUGGGAAAGGAGGGACAGCAUGUGGCCACUGGGCCCCAGUGUCAAGAAGUCUUGAUCACACUCCUUGUUUCUCCAGGUUCCCUGCGUCUUUGUCUUGGGGAGGGUGGGGAGAGGAGAGUUUUGUGUGUCUCCCUGAUGCAGCCUUCCUGCCUGUCUGUGAGUCUGUUGCCUUCUCCAACUCAAUCCUAGCCUGACUGGGUGGAGCAGGUGUGAGGGGGAAGGCUCCGGGGCCAAUAAACUUUGCCUCAACCUUGA